AAACCAAAUAUAAUUAUGAUCGUUGCUGAUGAUUUAGGUUUCAAUGAUGUCAGCUUUCGAGGACAAAAUUGUAUACUAACUCCGAAUAUUGAUGCUCUAGCAUAUCAUGGAACAAUUCUUAAUAAAUAUUAUGUUCCUGCAAUGUGCUCACCAUCAAGAACAGCUUUAUUAACUGGAAAAUAUCCAAUUAGAACAGGAAUGCAACAUUUCGUCAUACCUAAUGCUGAGCCAUGGGGCUUAUGUGCAAACGAAAAAUUAAUGUCACAUAUAUUUCAAGAAGCAGGAUAUUCUACAAAUUUAAUUGGUAAAUGGCAUUUGGGGUUUUUUAAAGAAAGUUAUACACCAACAUUACGCGGAUUUGAUUAUCAUUAUGGUUAUAUGGGUGGUUAUAUUGAUUAUUGGGAUCACAGUUUAAUAAUGUUGGAUAGUAAUUUUUCUUGUGGUCAUGAUUUCUGGACAAAUAGAAAGCAAACAUAUGAUAAAAAUGGUACAUAUGCUACAGAUCUAAUUACAAAUGAAGCGGUCAGAGUUAUUUUAAAUCAUAAUGUUGAAGAGAAACCUCUUUUUAUGAUUACAAGUCAUUUAGCUCCACAUACAGCAAAUGAAAAUGAUCCAAUGCAAGCACCAAAAGAUGAAAUUGAUAAAUUUCAGCAUAUUAAGGAUUUAAAAAAGAGAACGUAUGCAGCAAUGGUUAGUAAAAUGGAUGAGAGUAUUGGAAAGAUAUUGCAAGCUUUAAAUGACAAAGAUAUGUUAAAAAAUUCUAUUAUAAUUUACUAUUCUGAUAAUGGAGCCCCAACAGUUGGUUUACAUUCAAAUGGUGGAUCUAACUAUCCAUUGAGGGGGCAAAAAAAUUCUCCAUGGGAAGGUGGAAUGCGUUCGUCUGCUGUUAUAUGGAGCCCCCUAUUAAUUAAAAAAAAUUUUAUUUGGGAUGAGCCUAUUCAUGCAGUGGACUGGCUCCCGACAUUACUUGCAGCCACUCAAACGUCAUUACCACAAGGCUUUCAAUUAGAUGGACAUAAUUUAUGGAAUGCAAUAUCAAAAGGUCUUUCAAAUGGUGAUAGAUCAAUUUUACAUAAUAUUGAUACAAUUGAUGGAUAUGUUUCUUAUAUGCGAGGUCCAUUUAAAUAUAUUAACGGUACAACGGUUAACGGUAUUUUUGAUAAUUGGUUAAGUCAAUCUGAGAAGGAAAUAGAUCCAAGAGCUGUUAAUUAUUUUGAAACUGUUAAAAAUACAUCAACAUGGAAUUUAUUACAGACUUUCAAUAAAAAACCAAUAAAUUCGUAUAAAAUUGAAAGGGUUCGAUCAGAUUUGUCUGUUAAAUGUCCAAAUUUAUAUGAAAAUCCAAGCUAUAAUGUAUUUAAAUGUGAACCAUUAAAAGAACCCUGUCUAUUUAAUUUAGAUUUAGAUCCAUGUGAAAAAUUUAAUUUAGCAAGAAUUUCACAAUUUGAAGAAGUUUUAAAUUGUAUGGAAGAAGAUAUUAAGAACUGGAUGCAAAAGGUUGUACCAUCAGUUCGUCAAGCUUACUAUGAUCCUGAAAGUAAUCCGGCACUACAUAAUGGUGAAUGGAUAUGGUGGAAAAAUCAGAGUGAUGGCAAUGCUAUACCAGGAACGUAUUGUCAUUGA